GUUCGGUUCUCUCUUCCUUUAUUCUCUUUCCCCUUCUUGCAAUCAUUAUUACAUAUACGUUUCAUUUCGUUGAACAAUGCAAUGUGUAUAUCUACUUAUGUUGGGGAAUAGUUCGCAUAACAUACAUUUCCAGAAUAAAAAAGCUCAAUAUUGCAUUAAAAGCACAUUCAGUUGUGAAAAGGUUCUUUUUCUUUCAUCUGAGUUACUGAUGGCUUCUUUGUUCCAGAAAUUUCGAGAGGCUGUGAAAACCCUUGCAAAACGCCCUGCUUUUUCUAAAGAUCCAAGACAACUACAAUUCGAGGUUGACAUUAACCGCUUGUACCUUUAUUCAAGCUACAAUCGGUUGGGGAAAAGUGCUGACGAAGCAGAUGCUGAAGAGAUUAUUGAAAUGGCCAGUAAAGCCUCUGUCACUGAUCAACAGAUGCAUGUACAAGAAAAUGUUCAUUCACAAAUUAAAACAUUUUGUGCAUUCAUGGAUGAAAUUCUUCUUCCAAAUGAAAAUGACCCCCUUGUUUCUCAACAAGCAAGCAUUUUGCCUCGCCGCAGUGGGCUUAGUUUUGCUGUGGGUAGGAAUGGUCCAACUCCUAAUAAUCCUGCUGUCCCGCAGACAAGACCGCUAACUCAAGCUGAAGUUUCUCAGAAAUUAAAAGAUCAACUUGGCUACACGCUUAAUGUUAAACCUUCUCAAAUAUCUCACAAGGAUGCUGGCCAGGGUCUUUUUUUAGAUGGUGUAGUAGAUGCUGGUGCUGUGUUGGCCUUUUAUCCUGGUGUAGUCUACUCUCCAGCUUAUUAUCGUUAUAUUCCAGGGUACCCAAAGGUUGAUGCACAGAAUCCCUAUUUGAUUACAAGAUAUGAUGGAAAUGUCAUCAAUGCCCAACCUUGGGGUUUUGGAGGUUACGAGCGAGAACUGUGGAAUGGUAGAAAAACUGGAGAAAUCAAGCGUGAUAUGAAAGGAACUGAGAGAGGCUCAGAGAAGAUCUGGAAACUGCUGAGUAAGCCUUUGGAAGGCAACCAAGGAGAUAACAGUGAAGUAAUUGAGCGUAGGAACCCAUUAGCUUUGGCUCAUUUUGCCAAUCACCCUCCAAAGGGGGUGCAACCAAAUGUCAUGAUUUGCCCUUAUGACUUUCCAUUGACUGAAAACAACAUGAGAGUUUACAUUCCAAAUAUAUCGUUUGGAAAUGCAGAAGUAAAUGUGAGGAGACUUGGCACCUUUUGGUUCAAAUCUGGAGUGUCAAAAGAUAGUGGAUCACAUGUUCCAACUCUUAAAUCUCUUGUUUUGAUAGCUACUAGGACUCUUCAAGAUGAGGAACUUCUCCUGAACUACAGGCUGAGCAACACCAAGCGGAGACCAGAAUGGUAUGCUCCUGUGGAUGAAGAAGAGGACAGGAGAAGAUGGAGCUAGCCAAUCCAUUGACUACAGAAUCGUAUUAUUGUUGUUGUUUUGUCUCAGAAAGCUGUAUUUAUAAUCCUUACUUUGGAUACUAUUUCUCCGACAUAGAAUGAUGAAAUUUUGCGGUCUUGCUUUUGGUCCCAUUU